AUGGAUAUUCCAAACAUUCCUGCAACCAGCUUCCAGAAGCAGGAAAAGCAAGACCUGGAAGGUGUGGCCCGAAGCCGUCGCGUCGGUUCGUACGUCUUCUGCGAGCACUUUCCCGACGAGAUCCUCCGAGGAGCCCUCGCUUACCGCCACCGGCCCGGUGAGGUUUACGUGGUGACUUAUCCCAAGUGCGGCACAACCUGGAUGCAGCACAUUCUCUACCACGUGUACACACUUGGCCAGCCGCCACUCACAGCCGAGCAUUUCUUCCGCAGCAUGCCUUUUCUUGAGAGGCAUGGCGUGGAGGCCCUCUCUGGACUGUCUUUUCCUGGCAGUGCAAUCAAGACGCAUAUGAUGUACGACGAAGAUCGCAUCUGUCCCGAAGCCAAGUACAUCUACGUGGUGCGAAACCCUUUCGACUGCUGCGUCUCCUUCUACCACCACUACAAGAUUUAUCCCAUCUACCAAUUCGAACGAGGCACCUUCGACGAAUUCUUUGAGCUCUUCCUCUCCGGUGACGUGGACGGUGGAGACUAUUUCGACCACCUGCUGUCCUGGUACCCGCACCGAAAUGACCACAACGUCCUUUUCGUCAGGUACGAAGACCUGAAGCAGGAUACCAAGUCCUGGGUUCUAGCGGUGGCCGACUUUCUCGGAGCCGAGUACGGAAAAGCGCUCCGCUCUGACCCUGAUGUCCUGGCCAAGGUGCUGCAAGCCGCAAGCCUGGCAGACGUCCGCCGGCUAGCCCGGCUCGAGCGAGAGUACCAGGCUGAGCUCAUGGCCUAUACACCCAGGCACAGGUUACCCCGGUGGGCACAGUUGUACCUGGACCACUCAGGUCACCGCGCGACCAGCAAGCUUGCCGAAGGCACAAGCAUAGUGAGGAAAGGUGUUGUGGGAGACUGGAAGAACCACUUCAACGCGGAGCAGGUGCAGAGGGUGAAGGACAAAGCGGCGCUGAAGUCUAGCGAGAUCAACCUAUUGAGUCUGUGGGGAGACUGCCUCAGACUUUAAAAUAAGUUUAAAAAAAUAUUUCCAGCAAGUGCCCCAUAAAGGGAGGCUUGCAGAAAUCCAGUGCCAUUCUACGCUGUGAAUGUGAAUCACCAUCGGAGCUGUAGAUAUGAUGAUACAUUGAUUUCAGUAAAGACACAU